GGGCGGCGUCGCCCAGUGCAGGCUGCGCGCCGCACCGAGCGCUCCCCCAACUCGUCGGCAUCCCGCGCCGCCCAGCAUGUCUCUCCGGAGCAGCCUCCUCUCGCGGCUCCUCCGGGCGCACACGCGCUCCGUCCCGAGGAAGUCCGUCCACUCGGUGGCCGUCAUCGGAGCCCCGUUCUCCAGGGGACAGAAAAGAAAAGGAGUGGAAUAUGGUCCAGCUGCUGUGCGGGAAGCUGGCUUGAUGAAAAGACUGUCAGAUUUGGGCUGCCGUUUAAAAGACUUUGGAGAUCUGAAUUUUACUCCAGUGCCCAAAGAUGACGUCUACAACAAUUUGAUCAAGAAUCCUCGCUCCGUGGGCCUUGCCAACCAGGAACUGGCUGAGGCCGUCAGCAGAGCUGUCUCGGGCGGCUACAGCUGUGUCACACUGGGAGGCGAUCACAGCCUGGCAAUAGGAACCAUUAGUGGCCACGCCCGGCACUGCCCAGACCUUUGUGUGAUCUGGGUUGAUGCUCAUGCUGACAUCAAUACACCCCUCACCACUUCAUCUGGGAAUCUUCAUGGACAGCCAGUUUCAUUUCUCCUCAAAGAACUGAAGGACAAGGUACCACAACUGCCAGGAUUUUCCUGGAUCAAACCCUGUUUAUCUUCCCCAAGUAUUGUGUAUAUUGGUCUAAGAGAUGUGGACCCUCCUGAGCGUUUUAUUCUAAAGAAAUAUGAUAUCCAGUAUUUUUCCAUGAGAGAUAUAGACCGACUUGGUAUCCAAAAGGUCAUGGAACAGACAUUUAACCAGCUGAUUGGCAAAAGAGAAAGGCCAAUCCACCUGAGUUUUGAUAUUGAUGCAUUUGACCCUACACUGGCUCCGGCCACGGGAACCCCUGUUGUGGGGGGCCUGACGUACCGAGAAGGCAUGUAUAUCACCGAGGAAGUGCACAACACAGGGCUGCUGUCAGCACUGGAUCUUGUUGAAGUCAAUCCUCAGCUGGCUGCUUCUGAGGAAGAGGCGAAAGCUACCGCCGGCCUGGCAGUGGAUGUGAUAGCUUCAAGUUUUGGUCAGACGAGGGAGGGAGGGCAUGUGGUCUACGACCAGCUGCCUACUCCCCGUUCACCAGAUGAAUCAGAAAAUAAGGAACGUGUGAGGAUUUAGGAAAAUCCUGUAUGCAGACACAUUUGUCAUGGGGGAGGUCACUGCAGAGGUGUGAGAGAUAUUUGAGGGGACAGAAACAACUGGUCAUCUGGGUCAAUUUUGCCUUAACAAGAACAUUUAUGCAUUCUCAAAAUCAAAGUUUCCUUCACCUCCCCUUUUCUGGUGACUUAAAUGUA